GAUGGAGGGAGAAUUCUCUCCGCCAUUGCUGCCUGGUUAGGUUAGGGUAGGGUUCUUGCCUUUUCUUCUCCUAGGCCGGCCGGCGAUGGAUGCUACGGCGAGAUUCCGAAUGGGAAGAGCUUCGGUUUUGAAGAUGAAUUCUGGAGAGCCGGACUAGGAGGCUUGGGCCCAACAUAAUAACUCCGACGACCUACCUCCGGUCCUUCCACCUCCGCUACGGCGGCGAAUUCAGGAUUGAGGUGUUUGAGUUUGCGGUUUGGAGGCGUGAGAUUUGACUGUGCUGCGGUGGAGGAGUCAGAACUGCGAAUUGCUUGUUUUGUCAGUUAUGGCUGUUCGUCAUUGUUUUACUGUAUUUUGAACGCGUGGAUUGAUCAUCGGCGUUUGAUUUUGCCGAGUUAAGUUGUGGAUUUUACUUUAGAGAUUUAUUACUAUAAAAUUAAAAAUGGCGAUCUUCCUUAGUUUUCUGGUGAUUGAUUUAUUUCGUUUACUGUGUGCGCCGGAUUUGGAGUGACAGUCAGGUCAGUUUUUGGAUGACUGCAAGGGCAUAAUAGUCAUUUCACUUGCGGCUCAGCUGAGAGCCGAAGCCGAUUGAGCCAUCGGCUCGAUACUUACCAUACUGGACGGACGGACGUCCUCUGUUUGGCAGUUGGCAAACGCAGCGGCGAAUCGGAAUUGCUCUCGGUUGCUCCGUCGAAGCCCUAAGAUUCCACCGCCGAAUCCUGCAUUCUACUGGUCCGAGACUUGUCUUUUGUGUCUUUGCGGUGCCGAUAAGAGUACCGAUCGGCGAUUCAGUUCUCUCCGCUUGUUUGUUUCUUGGUUUAUAAUCUACCAUGGCGGAUAAACAAGUUGUUAAGCGUGCAAAGUACAAGUCUUCAGUCAAGGAUCCCGGUGUCGCCGGCGUUCUCAAAAUGAGGAUAGAAAGAUUUGUGUUUGUGCCAAAUGAUCCUACAACAGCCACAAAGCUAAAUGUGGAGUUUAGGAUGAUAAAAGGUCAUAAGUUUACAAAGGAGGGUUCAAGUAAGCAGGCACUACUUAAUCUUACCCAAGACCAGGGGGUAAAUUACAUUUUUGAGUUUGAUAGCUUUGCUGAUCGAGAUGCAUGCCGGGAAUUUGUUGCCACUGCUAUUGCACAUCAUUCUGAAGCUGGAAGGCUGAUCAAUGAAAAGUCUGAUGUCCCAGUGAGCAAUGAACAACUUAGUAGAGCAGAAACUGAACGAAGAAUUAAACUACUUCAGGAGAAUAGUGAAUUACAGGCGCUUCACAAGCAAUUUGUAUUCGGAGGUAUACUGACAGAUGAUGAAUUUUGGGCUACGAGGAAGAAAUUGUUGGAGCACAGCGAUAGCCGAAAGCCAAAGCAGCGUGUGGCAUUAAAAAAUGAAAUGUGGAGCGUGAAACCAUUAUCUGAUGGUCAGUCCAACAGAGUGACGUUUAACUUGACACCAGAAAUCAUUCAUCAGAUAUUUGCUGAGAAACCUGCUGUACGCCAGGCUUAUUUAAAGUUUGUCCCAAACAAGAUGACAGAAAAAGAGUUCUGGACCAAGUACUCAAGAGCUGAAUAUCUUCACAGCACAAAAAACAUAGUUGCUGCAGCAGCAGAAGCUGCUGAAGAUGAAGAGCUUGCUGUUUUUCUGAAGCGAGAUGAUAUGCUUGCAAAUGAGGCUAGGAGAAAGAUCAGGCGGGUUGAUCCAACCGUAGACAUGAAAGCUGAUGAAGGUGAUGAUUACACACAUCUUCCGGAUCAUGGAUUACUUGGUGAUGAAACGAAGGAGGUAUUGGAAUCACAAUAUGAGCCAUAUCGUAGAUCCUUUGCACAAGAUCUGAAUCAGCAUGCUGCUGUUGUUCUACAGGGAAGGCUUGUAGAUGAGCUAGGAGAUACCAGGUCUGUUGCGGAGGCCCUUGCGAGGACUAAGCAAGCUGAGUUAUCUGAUGAGAUAUCCAAUAGGAAUUUAGAAAAAGAGCUAUCGGACAAGAUUUGUAGAAUGGCUGAGAUUGAAGAUCUGCAAGGGCCGCGUGAUCCUGCAGUUGCUCCUCUCAGCAUCAAGGAUCCACGGGAUUAUUUUGACUCUCAACAUGCACUAAAAGCAUUGGGAGAUACAGGUACAGGUGCAAUAUCAUUAAAAUCCAGCGUGAGCUCUUCCGAAGCUUAUGAUUCCUUAAGGGAUCUAGUCUCAGAAAUCAGAGGUACUGGAUUGAGUGACCCAAUAAUGAGUCACGAGGUUGCUCUUAAGGUCCUUAGUGGGUUGACCCAAAACAUCUCCAGCACAAAGUUUCAUCUCGGAAACAAUCCAAAUGAGAGUGUCCUGGACAGGUUGCCGAAAGUCACUAAAGAGGAGCUUUUACAUCACUGGACUUCUAUCCAAGAAUUACUGAAACACUUUUGGUCAUCCUACCCUAUUACAACCAAGUACCUCUAUACCAAGGUAACCAGAUUGAAAGAUGCAAUGUCCCAAGUUUAUCCAAAGUUGCAGGAGAUCAAGGAAUCUGUGCAGUCCGAUUUCAGGCACCAUGUCUCUCUUCUAGUUCACCCAAUGCUUCAGGCACUGGAUGCUGCCUUUGCACACUACGACGCGGAUGCACAGAGGAGAUCUUCCAAGAGUGGGGAAAAGCCAAACGGCUUCGCCUGAUGGAGUUAAGUUUCUCGGUAUGGUAUUCAACUCGGUAACUCUCUCCUGUCCAAAUGUAUGUAUAUUUUGAUCACAAAAUUUUGAUGCCGCAUAUUUUCUUGGAAGAGAAUCAUCAUCGUCAUUUACAUUACAUUUACAUGUGUUUUGCUGUGCUAGAUUUCCAUGUGUAAGCUUCUCACUGAUUUUGUGGGGUUCAUGCUAUCUAGUACUACCUCCUUUAUUUUUUUAUUUUUUAUUUUUAUUUUUGUAAUUAUUAUUCGGUUUAGUGAGAUAAUUUUUGUAGUGUUCUUUUUUAUUUUU